AUGGCACUCCGCAGUAGCAAGUGUGUAGUGAGCGCUGCAGCUCCCUUCCCACCCUCUGCCUCUUUUAAGAAGCUGCUGCUGGACGGAUGGGACCGGCCAACCCAGGGUGCUGGGGAGAAGCAGGAAGAGAAAAAGAAGCCGCUCCUCCAUCAAGAGCGAUGCGCUGCGAUCACCAGUGACAUCUGUGAAAUGCUUCUGGGGGGAGAGCUGGCCUACCGGGGUUGCCUGAGCAGCGUGGCUGCGUUCAUCCUGGAGCGAGAGGUUGCCAGCAGCCAGAGCCCCUACAAGGAGACUUACGAGCUGGUCUCCCUGGGAACCGGAGACGUUUGCUACGAGGGGUGGAUGGAGUUUGAUGGCCGGAAACUCCACGACUUGCACGGAUUGGUGGUGGCCCGCAGAGCUCUGAUGAGGUACCUCUACAAACAGCUGCUGAUGUGCUGUAGCCAGGAUCCCACAGCUGUCGAGAAGUGCAUCUUUUGCUGGGCCGAAGACGGGGGACACCUGAGACUGAAGCCAAACUACUACCUGCACCUCUACCUGAGCCAAACACCCAGUGGAGCGAUGGAAAACUUCCAGACCACCGUACUGCACUCAAAUCCUUCUGUUGAUCUUCACGUGAGCGUGAAAGGGGUGCUCAAGCCUGUCUCGUAUUGCUGCCCCAGCGCGUUGUCCACCCACGUCUACUGUGUCUCUGGCAGUGACAAGCUGACCCGCUGGACUGUCCUGGGGGUCCAGGGGGCCCUCCUCAGCCAUUUCCUCCACCCUGUGUACAUCACCAGCAUCGUCCUAGCUGACCCUUACCAGAACCACCCCGUUCUCCAUCGGAUCAUCAACGAGCGCCUUCAGCUGGGGCCGGAGGACGGCUUGCCCAAGCCUUAUUGCUGCAAGAAGAUCUACCUCUUUGAGGGUCCCCGCGUGGCUUCUCUUGACACCCCGCCAGAAUGCCACUCGAUGAGCCUGAACUGGUGCGGAGGAGACGAGAUGCUGGAACUUGUGAAAGGAGCCGUUGGGAAGGCAGAAAGGGACAUCGUAAAUCCAGGAGGCCAGUUCCGACCUAGCCGGCUCUGUAAGGCAGCCAUGCUGAAGUCCUUCAGGAAGGUGGCUCAGGAGAUGAAGAGGGAGGACCUGAUGUUGCUACCCACGUACCACGAUGCUAAGGUUCAAGCCACAGCCUAUCAGAGUGCGAAGCUCCAGCUGUAUGGCCAGCUGAGCGUGCAAGAGUUGAGCAAAUGGCCUCAGAAGCAGCUGGUGGACGGCUUUUGCAGAUAG